GUUUGAUCGGUUUGUUUAUUUACCUUUAUUUAUUUAUCGGUUUUUUAUUUGGCUAAGAAAUUUCUAAAUUUUUGAUUAAAGUUAUCUAAAUUACUGCACCAAGUUAUUCCUUUCUGCUGAGCUGUUCUAGCACUUGUUAGUUUUUUAUUAAUUUAAUGUUAGUAACAACUACUAGAUCUAGCUUGGUCUCUAAUUCUCUAGCUAUUAAAAAUAAUAGAAACAGUGAACACAAUUUCAUCACAAAAAAUAAUGGCAACGACAGAAAUAAGUAAAAUUCCAAGCAACAGUGAUUUGCUGGGUCCUCAAAAAGCUGAAGUUUUAAAACAAAUGGAUAUCACGUUUGUUUGUGAUGGUUUAUAUUUAAGUGAUUUUGAAUCGCUCUCACCUGAGAAGAUUCAAAAACGAAAUGUUACAACAGUCAUCAAUGCUGCCCUAGAAAUACCAGAAGUUGAUAUACCAGGCGUCGCAGUGAAGCACCUACAAGUUUAUGACGUGGCAACUGCCAAUAUAAACCAACAUUUUGACGAAUGUGCUGAUCUAAUUCAUGCAACAAAGCAAGCAGGCGCCAGCAGUCUGGUCCAUUGUGCAUUAGGAAUUAGUCGUUCAGUUACCAUUUGUCUAGCAUAUCUUGUGAAGUAUGAGAAUUUAACAUUAAGAGAAGCUUACUUCAUGUUGAAAGAAAAGCGCCAUGUAAUACGACCAAAUGACGGAUUCUGGAAGCAGUUGAUCUCGUACGAAUAUGAAAAGAGAGGAAAGUCAACAGUUCGUAUGCUGGUCUACCCUAUGGGAACAACACCCGAUGUCUAUAAAAAUCAGACUAGCCGAACUUUGGGCUUCCAAAGAAGAAAAUGAGCAUACAACUUUAGAUGACCUGAUCAGCUAGACCUCAAAAAACUUCUUUUGACUGAAUCAUUUGUAUUUUUCCAAAUUAAUGGCAGAUAUUUAUUUAAACUAUGUGAAAUUUUAGUAUUAUGUUGAAAAUAGUCCCCUUUGCAAUUUGUUUGCCAAACUCUAACAAUGUUGAUGAACGUUUCUCUGUUAAUGUGAUGUUGAAUAAAUGUUAUUCUGUUAAUGUGAUGUUGAUGCAAUUACUUGUGUUAACAGCAAGUUGAUUUUGACACGUGCAUCACGCACGCACACACACACACACACACACUAGCGGACAUGUGCAGAGAAGACAUUGGAAGAUGUUAUUGAAACUAAUUUUUGUGCCAUGCAUUGUAUUAUUUAUCUUUUACACAAUCAUAAUUUAAUGUUUAUCGUUUUAUAUGUUAAUUAUUCUUACAAACGAACAUUUCGUUGUGACUAAUCAUUAAAAUGCGGAAUCUGCAGCACAUUGCAGAAAGAUGUUGCAUAUCUACUAACGAUUACAUGACUGUGAUAUGUUGUAUUAUGUCAUUUUGUCCUUUAAUAACUCUUGUACAGAUAUUUGUAUUUAGGUAGAAUAUUUUUGAAGUUUAACUUUUUGAAAGUAUGAAAAUAAUAAAAUAAAACUUCUUAUUUUUUUCUGGUUGAAAUCAUUUUGUUUCAUCACGUGUUUUUUAUUUAUUAUUUUAGUUGAAUUUCUAGCAAACCAAUUGGGUAAAACUUAUUGAUCGAGAUUAAUAUGAAUUAAACGAU